AUGCAUAUCCCAAUUAUCUCAUCUUUGCUGUGUCUGGCCGGUCUGUCUGCGGUGCCUGUCAAUGCCUACAGUGGCAGCAACCCCGACAUUAAAGCUAUCCCGCUCCGAACUCAUAGUCUCACGCCGCCCUACCUUGACUCGGAUUUCCAAAGCCGCUGGUUCGACUUCGGAGGAGACACUGUUAUUCGAGCCGAUAAGUACGUUCGCUUAACCGCGGACCGCCCCUCUCAGCAAGGUUGGGUCUUUUCUCGAGUGCCCCUGACGGCAACCAAUUGGGAGGUACGAUCUGAAGAGAAAGCACAAUUCAGGCCGCUGCGUCUUCAGAGGCUGGCAUUAGAAAUGCGAAAGUUGAGGGCACAAGCUAAUCAAUCUCGUCCUCUCCAGAUUGAAGUGGAAUUUGAAAUUCACGGCAAUGGAAAUCUCCAUGGCGAUGGCCUUGCACUGUGGCUGACCAAGCAGCGUGCCACGCAAGGCCCGGUCUUUGGUUCAACGGAUCGCUUCGAGGGUCUCGGGAUCUUCAUCGAUACGUACAAGAACAACCGUCCCGGCGUCUCCUUCCCGUAUGUCAUGGCCAUGAUGGGCGACGGCGAGACCACCUAUGAUCAGGCGCACGAUGGCAAGGCCAAUGAGUUGGCUGGUUGUUCCGCUCGAGGCCUCCGCAACGCACCUGUCCCCACCAAGCUGCGCCUGACUUACUUCCAGGACAAGUCUUUGUCUUUGGACCUGCAGUACAAGACGGAGGAUACCUGGACCAAUUGCUUCAAUCUGAACGCCGAGCAGACCAAGAUUGCCAUUCCCUCUGUCGCCUAUCUCGGUCUUUCUGCCGAGACCGGUGAGCUCAGUGACAACCACGACAUUAUUUCCGUCAAAUCGGAGAAUCUGUAUGCCCUCAACCGUCACACUCCUGGAGGCAGCAAGGCCGACCCCAAGUCCCGCAAUUCUGGCGGUAACAGCUACCCGACUCCUCACGAUUCCGGCAGCUGGUCAUGGUUCUUCGUCAAGUUCAUCCUCUUCAUCGGAGUGUGCGUGGGUGGGUACUUUGGCUGGACAUUCUAUCGCACCAAGGUCCGCGCUUCACGGUUCUAG